GUUGGUGUUCGGGUCAGAGCGAGUGCCACGCAGCUAACGAGCGGUCCUUUUGGAUGCCUUGCAGAGACCGAGGGCACCGUUUUCAGGAUCCUCACAUGCGCCGAGGGCCCAGCGGGUGCGGACAUUCCCUUGGCACUGGUGUUCCACCUGCCGGCCGCCUACCCCGCGUGCCCGCCUGGCAUCUCGGUCAGCUCCGAGCGCCUGCCCCGGGCACAGCUCGCGGCCGUGAGGGACAGGCUCCUCGAGCAAGCCCGGGCCCUUCCGCCGGAGCCGAUGGUCCACGAGCUGGUUCUCUGGGUCCAGCAGAACCUCAGGCACAUCCUCGCCCCGCUGGGACCGGGAGGUGGCCCUGAAGAGCGUCCUGCUGAGGCGAGCGUGACAGGGGACGAGGGGCUGUGGAUGACCCUCCUGCACUUGGACCACAUGAGAGCGAAGACCAGAUACGUGAAGACCCUGCGGCAGUGGGCGUCCGAUUUGGGGCUGACGGGAAGGCUGAUGUUCAUGGGCAAAGUCAUCCUGAUUCUCCUGCAAGGACACAGGGACAGCAUCAAGGAGUACUUGGUGCUUCAGAAAACCUCCAAAGUCGACGUGGACUCGAGCGGGAAGAAAUGCAGAGAGAGAAUGGCCAGCGUGCUGUUGGAAACCAGGGUGCAGCCGGAACACACGAGGUUCCUGGGGUUCGAAGUCAAGGAGUUUUCAUCGUUGGAUGAGUUACAGGAGGAAUUUGAAACCGCGGGACUUGCUGAGCUGUUCUCCGAGUUUGUCCUCCGGCUGGUGAAAUGAGAUGGGAGACAGGCCUUUUCUUUGGGAAACAGCCGUGUUUUUCAGUUUUUUUGUUGUUUGCAUUGGAUUUUGGGGGUGGAUGACUGAAAUAACUCAGAAAGGAAUGAUUUUAAAGUUUCUGUGAAGCAAAGUGGUACAAAAGCGGAUUCUGCAUGUGGAAUAUUACACAGUAACAACGCCUGCGUGUUUGUUUUUUUAUGGCAGUUAAGGCUGGGUUUAGUGGGUGGAAAAUUCCUUGUGAGAUAACUAUAAAAAGACGAUGGCGAACGAGCCCUUGUGUUCACGUAGAGGAUUUGUUUGCAACUGUGCAAUUUUCUGGCUAAUUUUCUUGUAAUGAAACAACUUUUAAAAAGAGAUUUGUUUCCAUGUUUACAUUUCUCAUGUUUACAUUUUUAGCAUUUGAUCAUGAUUUUCUCCCAUUUAUCUUAUUAUGUCUGAUGUUUUAAGUUGAGUGUUAAGAAAAAUGUAACACUGAUUUCUUUGUAGAAUUGCAUAAAUCUUUCGUUAGAUUAAAUACCAACCAAAGAGGUUCUAUGGAAUUUAAUUUACAGUUGCUUUCAUUGGGGUCCCAGAUCAUCACGAUACUUGCUGACUAACCGUAAGACUAGAGAGUCCAUUGAAAUAAAAAAUAUUUUGUCAUUUCA